UUUGACUCUCGUACACGAUUGGCUGAGGGUGAGUGUUGUUGAGCCUCAUUGGACAUCGGUAAACACGCCUCUCAUCAGCUUGAACUAGCACAACAAACUACAAGGUUACCCAUGCGUGUGUGAGUGAGCCAGCUGUCAGGAUGUUGUCGGCUCAGAGGGCAUGUGCAGCGCUGGCUGCCCGCCGCCUGGCCGGAGCCUGCGUCUCGUCAGCCCAGGCACACCGCUUGCAGAUUCACACUUCGGUGUCGUGUCAGGACGAGGUCAAGCUGAACGCCGAGUGGGCCGGCCUGGCUAAGAAGCAGCUCAAGGGGAAGAACCCAGAAGAUCUGAUCUGGCGCACACCGGAGGGGCUCCACAUCAAGCCGGUGUACACGCAGGCUGACUCUGAGGGACGUACCGACGAGCUGCCAGGAGUCUUUCCAUACACUAGGGGGCCCUAUCCCACCAUGUACACCUACAGACCCUGGACAAUCAGGCAGUAUGCUGGCUUCAGCACUGUGGAGGAGAGCAACAAGUUCUACAAGGACAACAUUAAAGCGGGUCAGCAGGGUCUGUCUGUGGCGUUUGACCUCCCGACCCACCGUGGCUACGACUCAGACAAUCCCCGAGUCCACGGGGACGUGGGGAUGGCUGGAGUGGCUAUCGACACUGUGGAGGACAUGAAGAUGCUCUUCGACGGAAUCCCCCUAGAAAAGAUGUCUGUGUCGAUGACAAUGAACGGAGCUGUUAUCCCAGUGUUGGCCAUGUUUAUCGUCACCGGGGAGGAACAGGGAGUGGCCAAAGAAAAACUGACCGGCACCAUUCAGAAUGAUAUUCUAAAGGAGUUCAUGGUGCGCAACACCUACAUUUUCCCUCCGGAACCAUCCAUGCACGCCAUUGCUGACAUCUUUGCGUAUACCUCCAAGCAUAUGCCUAAAUUCAACUCCAUAUCCAUCAGCGGCUACCAUCUUCAAGAGGCCGGUGCAGAUGCUAUUUUAGAAGUAGCUUACACCAUUGCUAACGGCCUGGAGUACUGCCGGACGGGUCUGAAAGCAGGUCUAACCAUCGAUGAGUUUGCGCCGAGGUUGUCAUUCUUCUGGGGAAUAGGGAUGAACUUCUACAUGGAAAUAGCAAAGCUGAGGGCGGCCAGGAGGUUAUGGGCCACGCUCAUUAAAGAAAACUUCCAGCCCAAGAACCCCAAGUCUCUCCUCUUGCGCACGCACUGCCAGACCUCAGGCUGGUCACUCACCGAACAGGAUCCCUACAACAACGUGAUCCGCACGGUGAUCGAAGCCAUGGCUGCUGUGUUCGGAGGCACCCAGUCACUUCACACCAACUCCUUCGACGAAGCCCUGGGGUUGCCGACGGUGAAGAGCGCUCGCAUCGCCAGAAACACCCAGAUUAUCAUCCAGGAGGAGUCGGGCAUCCCUAAAGUGGCAGAUCCCUGGGGCGGCUCGUUCAUGAUGGAGGCGCUCACCGACGAUGUUUAUAACACGGCUCUGAAGUUCAUUAAAGAGAUAGAAGAGAUGGGAGGCAUGGCCAGAGCCGUGGCAGAGGGAAUUCCAAAACUACGGAUUGAGGAAUGCGCUGCACGGAGACAAGCCCGCAUCGACUCAGGGUCAGAGGUGAUUGUCGGUGUGAACAAGUACCGCCUGGAAAAAGAGGAGACCGUGGAGGUGCUCGCCAUAGAUAAUACCAUAGUACGUCAGAAGCAGAUUGAGAAACUGAGAAAGGUGAAAGAAAGUCGUGAUCCCGAGGUAGCGAAGAAGUGCCUGGCAGCUAUUGAAGAGUGUUCCCGAACCAGGGAGGGCAACCUUCUCGCCCUGGCAGUGGAGGCAGCCCGGGCCAGAUGCUCCGUCGGUGAAAUAACCGACGCAAUGAAGAAAGUGUUUGGUGAGCACAAGGCCAGCACCAGGAUGGUGAGCGGGGCGUACCGCAGCGAGUUUGGAGAGCACGAGGAGAUCGCUCUGGCCAACAACAGAGUUACAGAGUUUAAGAGACAUGAGGGCAGAAACCCUCGUCUACUGGUGGCAAAGAUGGGACAGGACGGCCAUGACAGGGGAGCCAAGGUCAUCGCCACGGGCUUUGCCGACUUGGGGUUUGAUGUUGACAUUGGACCGCUGUUUCAGACUCCCCGGGAGGUGGCCCAGCAGGCGGUGGACGCUGACGUUCACUGCGUUGGGGUCAGCACGUUGGCAGCAGGACACAAGACCCUGGUACCAGAGCUCAUCAAAGAGCUACGGAAGCUCGACAGGCCAGAUAUCUUGGUCAUUUGCGGAGGAGUCAUCCCACCACAGGACUAUGAAUUCCUCUAUCAGAGCGGCGUGUGCGCCAUCUUCGGUCCAGGAACCAGGAUUCCUCAAGCUGCAGUCGAAGUAAUUGACAAUAUUGAAAAGAGCCUGGAGAAACUACGACAAGCCUUGUAAGAAAAACACAAAAUGCUGUUUUCCAUGAACAGUGUGGUUUAUUUCAUUUAAGCUGUGUGUCACACUAUGUGAAUUUCAUUCCCUGCACAUCUUGGAUGCUUCAGAAAUGAGGUCAAUGAAAUACUUAUCAUCUGACGGCGGUGUAGGCCUGCAGUGUAAUGAUAUUCUGCCGUUUCUUAGCAGAGUGUAAUUAAAGUCAGAGGAGUCGCCAUGUGUAGAUAGAAACCAAAAUCAAGUGUCCUUCUUCAUAAUUCUCUCCUCCUUAGAUCACUCUAAGGACUUUUAGUGUCCAGGUCAGUGUGUGUUUCAUUUUAUUAUUUCUCCUGCAUGUUUAAAAGCAAUUAAAAGUAUUGUUCGGAGAAAAGCAUUAAUGAUCACCAUGUUGAAAACAGUUGGAAUGUGAUUCUCUUCUAUGUGUGAUCUACAUCCUGCUUGGAUUCUUUCCUUGAAAUAAAGUUGUUUUUUUUUAACUUUG